GGAAGAAGAGAACCAAAAUGUGUGCUAGAGCAGAAGUCAAGGCCACAGUGGGAGAUAUUUCCAAUGAUGGUAAUUUAAACAUGGCCCAAGUGCAAACCUCCAGGAAAGGCUUUUGUUCAGUCCGACAUGGGCUGGCCUUCAUCUUGCAUAUCUGUAAUUUUUUGAUUCUCACCCAACAAAUGAACUUGAGCAUUGCCAUCCCAGCGAUGGUGAACAACACAGCCCUGCUCAGCUCGCCCAAUGCCUCAACAGAAAGGCCUCCCACUGACUCCCAGGACAACUGGAAGGAAACUUUAAAGGAAUUUAAGGCAGUGGCUCCUAUGUAUGACUGGAGUCCUGAAAUCCAGGGAAUCAUCCUCAGUUCCCUCAACUAUGGCUCCUUCUUAGCCCCAAUCCCUAGUGGCUAUGUGGCUGGAGUAUUUGGAGCCAAGUACUUGGUUGGUGCUGGUAUGUUUAUUUCCUCAGUCCUGACCCUCUUCAUUCCACUGGCAACUGAUGCUGGAGUGACCUUGCUCAUUGUGCUUCGGAUUGUCCAAGGCAUAGCCCAGGUUAUGGUAACCACAAGUCAGUAUUCAAUUUGGGUCAAAUGGGCUCCCCCACUGGAAAGGAGUCAACUCGUCACCAUUGCAAUGUCAGGAUCGGUGGUGGGGUCCUUUGUCAUCCUCCUCAUCGGUGGUCUCCUCUGCCAGACCAUAGGAUGGCCUUAUAUCUUCUAUAUCUUUGGUGGAAUUGGCUGUGCCUGUUCUUUUCUCUGGUUUCCUCUUGUUUAUGAUGACCCCGUGAAUCAUCCGUUUAUCAGCACUGGUGAGAGGGACUACAUCGUGUGUUCACUGGCUCAACAGGACUGUUCGGCAGACUGGUCUCUUCCCGUUAUGGCUAUGAUCAAAUCUCUACCACUUUGGGGCAUUUUAGUCUCUUAUUUCAGUGAAUUCUGGCUUUUUCAUAUCUUGAUGGCGUAUAUACCAACAUACAUCAACACUGUACUUCAAGCUAACCUCAGAGAUAGUGGGAUCCUGUCAGCCCUGCCAUUUGUUGUUGGCUCUAUGUGCAUUAUCCUUGGAGGUCUAUUGGCAGAUUUUCUCCUCUCCAGAAAAAUCCUCCGACUCAUCACGAUCAGGAAACUCUUCACUGCAGUGGGGGUUAUCUUCUCAUCUUUGCUCUGCGUGUCUCUGCCCUCGGUCAGUUCCAGCCACAUCACCACCAUGGCCUUCUUGGUACUGUCUUCUGCCUUCAGCAGCCUCUGUGAAGCAGGAUCACUUGUUAACAUCUUGGAUAUUGCUCCUCGGUAUGUUGGCUUUCUCAGGGGACUAUCGCAGGUCUUUUCUCUUAUAUCAGGAGCCAUCUCUCCCACUGUUACUGGAAUUUUCCUCAGUCAGGACUCAGAGUUUGGUUGGAGAAAUGUCUUCUUGCUUUCAGCUGCUAUUAACAUAUCAGGCCUGGUCUUCUACCUCAUCUUCGGCCAAGCAGAGGUCCAGGACUGGGCUAAAGAACAGACAUUCACCCAAUUCUGAGCAAAUUGAGUGAUGCCUUAGAUCUUGAUGCUUAGUUGUUCAUUGUUUGCCCUCAUGGACAUACCCCUUUUGUGCCUGCCUGACUAGCCUUGCUGCUUGAAUAGCCAUUCAAUUUGAAUUGAUUUUGUUUCCAAUAUUUCUUCAGAGGUCCUGGCUGUCUAAUUCUGAAGCUUCUG